AGAAAAAUUCUUAUUUCCAAAACCAUGAAGUUUUACUUUUUAUUAUAUUUAAAUUAAUUAAUAUAUAGACAAUUUUUUGUGUGUAUAAUUGUCCUUACUUGAAACAAAAGAAUUCAAUCAAUGGAUUUCCUUUUUUUCUUCAUUAUUGAUUUAACGUUGCACGUUCUUACCAUAUUAAAACCAUACAAAAAAGGAAAUUGCGCCUUUAUAGUUUCCUUUUCGUUAUGUGAAAAAAGGAUACUAUUUUUCUCCAAGUUCUAAACGGAUUCCUAUAUAAACAAACAUAGAUGCAAGACUCUAAUCACAAUUCAUAAUCUUUCACAAGUUCUCAAUCUCACAUUCUUAAAACUCUUAAAUUUUGUGUUCCCUUACAAGUUUUCUUGACAAUGGAGAAGAUACUUGACGGAAGAACUAAUGGAACACUCAAGAAGACCAAGAUCGUGUGUACUCUUGGACCAGUGUCCAGGUCUGUUGAGAUGAUCGAGAAGCUUCUCAAAUCUGGUAUGAACGUAGCCCGUUUCAACUUCUCACACGGUACUCACGAGUACCACCAAGGAACUCUCGAUAACCUCAGAAUCGCAAUGAAGAACACUGGUAUCAUGUGUGCCGUCAUGCUUGACACAAAGGGUCCUGAGAUUCGAACCGGAUUUCUCAAAGAAGGCAAACCGGUUCAGCUAGUUCAAGGUCAAGAGAUAACAAUCUCAACUGAUUACACUUUGCUAGGAGAUUCAAACACAAUCUCAAUGAGCUACAAGAAACUUGCCGAGGAUCUCAAUCCAGAGGACGUGAUUCUCUGUUCCGACGGCACAAUCUCUCUGACCGUCUUGUCAUGUGACAAGGUUAACGGUCUAGUUCGUUGCCAAUGCGGGAACUCAGCAACCCUAGGAGAGAAAAAGAACGUUAACCUCCCAGGAGUUGUAGUUGAUCUCCCAACGCUUACGGAGAAAGAUCAAGAAGAUAUUCUAAAGUGGGGAGUUCCUAACAAGAUCGAUAUCAUUGCUCUUUCCUUUGUUCGUAAAGGGUCUGACCUAGACCAAGUCAGGAAGUUACUUGGAGAGCACGCAAAGCGAAUCAUGCUUAUGUCAAAGAUUGAGAAUCAAGAAGGAGUGAGGAACUUCGACGAGAUUCUUAAGAACUCUGAUGCAUUCAUGGUGGCUAGAGGCGACCUAGGGAUGGAGAUUCCUAUCGAGAGGAUAUUUCAAGCUCAGAAGAUGAUGAUCGAGAGAGCUAACGCUGUCGGAAAACCAGUAGUGACAGCAACGCAGAUGCUCGAGUCCAUGACCAAGUCUCCUCUUCCGACAAGAGCCGAAGCUACGGACGUGGCCAACGCUGUCCUCGACGGCACGGACUGCGUCAUGCUCAGCGGUGAAACCGCCGCCGGAGCUCACCCUGAAGCCGCCGUGAAGAUCAUGGCGAGAAUCUGUAAAGUGGCGGAGGAUACACUCGACUACGAAGCCGUGCAUAAGAAGAUUCAAGAAGCUGUUCCGUUGCCUUUGUCUACGGUUGAGGACUUGGCCGCUUCAGCUGUGGCCAAGGCGAUGAAGCAGAGCGCUAAGGCGAUUGUGGUGCUCACCAAGGGGGGAUACACGGCGGCGCUUGUGGCGAAAUAUAGGCCCAACGUUCCGAUUCUCUCGGUGGCUAUCUUGGAUGAUGGAGAGUCGAGGUGUUCGGUGGCGAAACGUGGUUUAAUUUACCGUGGAAUCGUUCCGGUGGUGGCGAACAGUGGCUCGACGGAGGAGGCGACUAAGUUUGCGAUCGAGUUUGCAAAGGAGAAGGAGAUCUGUAAGGGUGGAGAUUCGAUUGUCUUGGUGCAGUACAUCGAUGGUUCCUCUGUUCUCAAGAUCAUGCUCGUGGAGUAGACAGUGUUUUAUUUCAGACAUGUGGUCAAUUUUGAAGUUUUCAAAAAUUUUGGGGUUAAAAUUAGAGUCUGAGAGAUAUGAUUUUGGCCGCAAUAUUCUUAGCUUUUGACAUUUUUGAUUUUUUGAUAUUUACGCAGAGAGAUUUUUGAAUUAAUUAUAAUUUUACUUUGCUCAGAUUUAAAAUUCAUACAUCCCAAUCAUUUCAAACUUUGUGUUUUUGAUGUUCAGCGUUCAAAGUUUAAAAGACGUACGUAUGUGCAUGGAUUUAAACGCACGCGCUCUCGUCUGCUUCGAUGUUUGCAUGGGCUACUUUUGGGCUCUUAUGCUAUUGGCCCAAUGUCCUUGUUAGUCAGCUCGAUUGAAAAUUCUAAACCAAUCAACGCAAAAGCCUUUUUCUCAAGAACCCAAACUCAUAAUCUAAUUCAUGGGUUUACAGUGCUGGAUUCAAUCAUUCAACUCAUCGUCAAGGGUCAAAAAUACGCUCCAGUUCUCCUAUGCUCGGAAACGGACGUUACAAUGCGUGAAGAAUUAACAUGGAAACGUAUAUCUUUAUUGAAUCUAUAAUGGCUUACAAUAGUAUAAAUCCUCAAAAGAAAUUAUCACGGAAAUUAAACAUCUUCUGCAAACUCUUGAGUGUAGUUACUAAUAACUACGUUCCUUGAGACAGAAGACUUAGGGAUCUGGAGUUUGUUUUUGCACGAAACCCAUCAUUAACUAGUAACUAGUGUCAUUACUAAGCAUCUUUUAAUUUAUUGUUAGAUAAUUUAAUACCACUAUACUCUAAUAAAGUAGUAACUAUUAGCCAUAUGAAACGGCUAAUGCGAUGCCCAGAUUCAGGGAACAACUCACAUGCUUCGUGAGCUGUGUUCCUCCACUCGGUUUAUUCAGAUUCUAUACGUUACAUGUCCAUAUAUUUUUGUUCAAAAAAACAGGUCCAUAUGUGCUACUUUAUUUUCUGAAUAGAAAGGAAAAUGAAUUUCUUAUAUUCUCUCCUUCACUCAAAUAA